AUGGCCACAGCCCAUCCCGCAACCAUCUCCGUCGGCGACAAGCUCCCCGCCGCCACCCUCUCCUACUACGAUUCCACCGGAGAUUUGAAGACCGUCUCGAUAUCCGACCUCACCUCCGGCAAGAAGGUCGUCCUCCUCGCCGUCCCCGGCGCUUUCACCCCGACCUGCUCGCAGAAGCACCUCCCAGGGUUCGUGGAGCACGCCGCCGAGUUCAAGGCGAAGGGAAUCGACACCGUCGCCUGCGUCUCCGUCAACGACACGUUCGUGAUGAAAGCGUGGAAGGCCGAUCUGAAGAUCGGGGACGAGGUGCUGCUGCUGAGCGACGGCAACGGCGAUUUCACCCGGGCGAUCGGGUGCCAGAUCGAUCUGAGCGAUUCUCCGGCGGGUUUGGGGGUCCGAUCGAGGAGGUACGCCAUGUAUGUUGAAGAUGGAGUUGUGAAGAUCCUGAAUUUAGAGGAAGGAGGCGAUUUCAGUGUUAGCAGCGCCGAGGAUCUGCUCAAGGCCAUCUGA